AUGGCAGAUGCUUCUGGCUUAUCAGAAGAGAAGAUGCCAGGGAAGGAAAAAGAGAGAGAAAACAUGGAGCGGCAGAACUGGACCAUGGUGACGGAGGUCAUUCUUACAGGGAUCCCGACCACCAGAGCCCUCGGCGGCCUGCUCUUCUCGGUCUUCCUGGCGGCCUACUUGGUGACGGUCCUCGGAAACGCCCUCAUCAUCGUGCUGAUCCUCACAGACGGCAGGCUCCAGUCGCCCAUGUACUUCUUCCUCAGCAACCUCUCCUUCAGCGAGAUGGUGACCACAACCUGUGCCGCCCCCACGCUGCUGGGGGGCUUCCUGCGGGGGAGGAGCAGGGUCUCACUGGGGGGGUGCUCCGCCCAGUCCUAUUUCUACUUCCUGUCUGGGUGCACCGAGUUCGUCCUCUUUGCCGUCAUGUCCUACGACCGCUACGUGGCCAUCUGCAGCCCGCUCCAGUACCCCGCCAUCAUGACCGGCUCCCUCUGCGUCCGUCUCGUGGUCCUCUCCUGGGCAGGUGGCUUUCUCCUCAUCCUCCCGUCCACGGUCCUGAAGGCAGGCCUGCCCUACUGCGGCCCCAACGUCAUCGACCACUUCUUCUGUGACAGCGGCCCCCUCCUGCACCUGGCCUGCGCCGACGUCCGCGCCAUCGAGCUCCUGGACUUCCUCAGCUCCCUGGUCCUGCUGCUCAGCUCCCUCUCGCUCACGGUGGUCUCCUACGUCUACAUCGUCUCCACCAUCCUGAAGAUCCCCUCGCGCCAAGGUCGCCGCAAGGCCUUUGCCACCUGCGCCUCGCACUUCACCGUGGUCUCCAUGGGCUUCGGGAUCUCCAUCUUCGUGUAUGUGCGCCCCUCCCAGAAGAGCAGCCUGCACCUCAACAAGACCCUCUUCAUCCUCUCCAGCUCCUCAUUCCCCUGCAGAACCCCUUCAUCUUCAGCCUUCGGAACGAAACCAUGAAAGACGCACUGAAGGACGCCUUGGCCAGGGGACAGAACUUGCUCAAGGAGAUGAGGUCCAAGUAACAGUUUUGUUACUUAUUUAUUUAAUUUUCUCAAUCUUGAGUCUCUUUUACCUUACUAAUAAUGAUUUCAGAAAAGUCGUGAUAUUUACAAGUGAAUAAAUGGUCUAAGUUAUGAAAAAUCUCCCACAUUGCUACAGCCAUACUGGGUCCAUAUGCAAUUUAAUUUGUAAACUAUGUUACAUUAAUAAGCAUUCUUAUCAUAGGUUAGAGAAAGUGAUGGGAAUGGGGAUGAUUGAAGUAAUAAGAGACUGGGUUAA